AGGAAGAAAAUUAGAUAGAGAAAGAUUCAAUGCAAUUCGUGUUUAUCAAAAAUACAAUAUACCUACUCGGGAACGGGACAAAGGUCUAAUUGCUCAUAACAUUCUAUCUAAUAAACGUCAAGCUAAUGCACAGGCGAAAUCAAUUAUUAUGAAAUGUAAAUUACGAUCUACUAGUAAGAAAAGAUCUAAAAAAGGGGAUGUAAAUAACUCUGAUACUGAAGACGAAAUUCCUAUUAGUCAUAAACAAAGUGCAAAGAAAAAGCCUAAAAAAAGCAUUGUAGUUAAUUCUGAUACUGAAAAUGACGAUAAGGAGAAUGAGUUAACUUCAAGAAUUAGUGAACUUGAAUAUAAAGAACGG